AUGAAAGCUAUCCUCGCCACCGCCUUUUUCGCCCUUGCCACCGGGGUAGUCGCCGACAACUUUGCAAACUUCUUCGUGGACGAGAGUUGCAGCGAAGACGGCUCGAUCGGUUUCGAGCUCAGCAACCCUGGAUGUUUCGCUCAAAGCGGCAUGCACUCGGUGUACAUCCCCAACAACGGUAUACCUUGGACUCAGUACUACUGCCUCGGUGGAUGCGACGAGAACAACUGUUAA